AAGCACAUUCAACGCCUUGAGGGGAGGGGGGCAGAACUGCCCACUUCCUUCUCUUAUUGGCCGACCGCAGCGCGCGAGUUCCAGCCUUUCCCCGACAAUUCAGUUAAUUGGGGAGAGCAGCACAUCCCAGGUUGGAAUCUCUGCUGGCGGCCUCUGUGUCCGGAGCACGGACUAAUCCAGGAGAGCGCGCGUGUCCCGAAGCGGAGGCUGCUACAGAGAGGACUUGCCGGAGCAUCCUCGGAAUGGAAAAGAAAAAUCCGCCCGAGAAGCCCGAAGAACCUUCUCCUGCCCAGGUUGCUUGGGAGAACUGCAGGAUCCGAUCUCCUAUUCUCACCUCUUUUCUCUUGCGCCAGGAAAGCUUGGUGCCCUGCCGCCGUCCAGAGCCUGUGUUUGAAUCGCGCGGGCCCCACGACCCGUCGACCAGGGCUCCAGCGCAGGCUCCAAGGCAGCCUCCAAGGCAGGCUCCAGCGCAGCCUCCAAGGCAGGCUCCAGCGCAGGCUCCAAGGCAGGCUCUAGCGCAGCCUCCAAGGCAGGCUCCAGCGCAGCCUCCAAGGCAGCCUCCAAGGCAGGCUCCAGCGCAGCCUCCAAGGCAGGCUCCAGCGCAGGCUCCAGCGCAGCCUCCAAGGCAGGCUCCAAGGCAGGCUCCAGCGCAGCCUCCAAGGCAGGCUCCAGCGCAGCCUCCAAGGCAGGCUCCAGCGCAGCCUCCAAGGCAGGCUCCAGCGCAGGCUCCAGCCCAGCGACGUCCGGAUGAAAAGAAAGUGCCUCCUGGCCGACAACAGGCUCCUCAGGGAAACAGGCAGAAUACUUUCCAACCUGUAAUGAGAUUUGCCGAAAGAGCUACAGGAACAUGGACUCCAGGGGAGGAAGAGGGCUGGGUAGACUCUUACGGUUUGUGUAGCAGGCUGUGA